AUCAAAUGAAUAUUUUCUACUAAUCAUAAAAAUAUUGGUACUAUAUAUUUUAUAUUUAGAUUAUUUUCAGGAUUGAUAGGGACUUCUUUUAGAAUAAUUAUUCGAAUAGAAUUAAUACAACCAGGUUCAAUUAUUCAAAAUGAUUUUAUUUAUAAUUCAUUUAUUACUAUUCAUGCUAUAAUUAUAAUUUUUUUUAUAGUUAUACCUGCUAUAAUUGGAGGAUUUGGAAAUUGAUUAAUUCCUUUAAUAAUUAAUUCUAUAGAUUUAUGUUUUCCUCGUUUAAAUAAUAUAAGAUUUUGAAUAUUAAUUCCUUCUUUAAUUUUAAUAUUAAAUUCUUCUUUAAAAGGAGUUUUAAAUGGGGUAGGUUGAACUAUAUAUCCUCCUUUAACUUCUAUUCAAUAUUUUAUAUCAUCAUCUAUUGAUAUAAUAAUUUUUUCUCUUCAUAUUGCUGGUUUAUCUUCUAUUGCUAGUUCAAUUAAUUUUAUUUCUACAAUUUUAUUAAUAAAAAAUAAAAAUUUUUUUUUUAGUAUAAUAACUUUAUUUUCUAUAUCAAUUUUGAUUACUACUUUUUUAUUACUAAUUGCAUUACCUGUUCUAGCAGGAGGAAUUACUAUAAUUUUAAUAGAUCGAAAUUUUAAUACUUCUUUUUUUGAUCCUAGAGGAGGAGGAGACCCAAUCUUAUAUCAACAUUUAUUUUGAUUUUUUGGUCACCCCGAAGUUUAUAUUUUAAUUCUUCCUGGGUUUGGAAUAAUUUCUCAUGUUAUUAGAUAUAAUUUAGGAAAAAAAGAAGUGUUUGGUAAGAUAGGAAUAAUAUUCGCUAUAAUAUCAAUUGGUCUUUUAGGAUUUGUAGUGUGAGCUCAUCAUAUAUUUACAGUAGGAAUAGAUGUAGAUACUCGAGCUUAUUUUACAGCAGCUACUAUAAUUAUUGCUAUCCCAACUGGUAUUAAAAUUUUUAGUUGAUUUACAACUAUAAUUAAUUCUCAUAUUAAUUUUAAUAUUUCAAUUUACUGAUCUAUAGGAUUUUUAAUUAUGUUUUCAAUUGGAGGUUUUACUGGAAUUAUUGCUUCAAAUUCUUGUUUAGAUAUUGCUUUACAUGAUACAUAUUACAUUGUUGCUCAUUUCCAUUAUGUAUUAUCUAUAGGAGCUGUAUUUGCAAUUUUUAGAGGAUUAUUUAUAUGAUUCCCUUUAAUAUAUAAUUUCUAUAUAAAUAUAAAUUUUUUAAAAAUUCAUUUUUGAUCUAGUAUAAUUGGUAUUAAUUUAACUUUUUUUCCUCAACAUUUUUUAGGAUUAAUAGGUAUACCUCGACGAUAUUCAGACUAUUUAGAUAGAAUAUAUAUAUGAAAUUUUUUAUCUUCCUUAGGUUCUAUAAUUACUUUUAUUUCUACUGUAUUUUUUUUAUAUAUUAUAUUAGAAAUAUUCUUAAUAAAUAAGAUAAUUUUAAUAUUUGAAAGAAAUUCUAAUAAUAUAGAAUUUUUUUUUUUUUCUCCAUUAGAAUCUCAUACUAUAAUAAAUUUUAAUUUAAUUAUAUUUAAAUAA